CUUAAAUUCCGUAUUUGUGUUUUUCGUAAAAUUUAGAUGAUCGGUGUGGACCUAAAUGCAGAGCUCACCUUGAGUCUAGCGUCGGGCGCUUCCUAAGUAGCUGAUUGUGUCAUUCUUUUAUAUAUGCUAACAUGGAAUAAAGCCGGUAGUAUAGUUGAAGCACGACUAAGUGAGUUGCGAGCAUCGAUCAGAUAUUCACAUCUUCAAAAACUCUGAGAUGGAUCUGGAGCGUGAUAAGCAGACUCCGGCUGUGCAGAACAUAGUGCCUUUUGAAGUAGAAGGCGGAGUUGCCAAGGGCGUAGGUCAGCCGCAGCAAGAGCUGCAGCAACCCCAGCCACCGAAGCGGCAGGCGGGACGUAAGGGGAAAUUACUGGAUGUUUUUACGUAUGAACAUGACAAGGAUAUCGCAAGCUUCGAGGGGUUCAGGUCGCCAUGGUGGAAAAAGCUGCUUUACUAUCUGGUCGGCGUCCUCACAGCUGGGUUUUCGUUUCUGCUCUGCAAAUGGUCUCCGCGGCUGCACAUCUUUCUGAGCCUGUCUCCCUGCGCUCUCAAGGAUGCACAAUACGUCCGUGUUCGGCUUGUGGACGGGCGUGCAGACCUGGAGCGUGCUCAGGACGUGGCCAUGUCGGAGCCGCAGUAUGACAGCCAUCCCACGCUGACGGCUGACGAGGAGAGCGGCAGGGGAGGGCUGCUGCUGCAAUGGAAGGUUCAGAAGAUGCACAAGCUGAUGGAGCACCGCUGCACGCGGUACUUCUACACUGACGGCAGCCCCACCGGUGGCGGGCUGUCAGGACCCACCUUCACGGCGGUGCCGGCGGUGCCCAAGGGCUUUAAUGAGCAGCUGCGGGCGGCCGCGCAGACGCUGGCGACUACUGGGUCUGCGGCGACGGCGGAGCUGGAGCAGGAAUGGGACCUCGGAGAGAGGCAGCUCAGGUACGGCAAGAAUGAAAUGGCAAUUCCAGUGAAGAGCAUCCCCAUGCUUGUGUUUCACGAGAUGUGGCAUCCCUUCUACGUCUUUCAGUACUUUUCAAUCCUGAUCUGGGUCGUCGGGGACAAUUACUACUCGUACGCGGUGUGCAUCUUCGUGAUCACCUGGUUCUCCAUCAUUUCGGCGGCAGUGGAGGCGCACAACAACAUGAAGCGGCUCGCGGAAAUUGCGCACUUUGAAUGCGAGGUUGACGUGAUCCGGUCGGGUCAGGUGGUCCGCCUGCCCUCUAGCUGCUUGGUGCCCGGGGACUUGGUGGUGGUGGGGCCGGGCACUCUGCCGUGCGACAUGGUGCUGCUGCGGGGCGAGUGCAUCGUGGAUGAAAAUAUGCUCACGGGCGAAUCGGUGCCCGUGCGCAAGGUGUCGUACAGCCCCGUCGCCGACGGACUUUCCUACGAGCCCGAGAAGUGCCCUGCUUGCACUCUAUUUGGCGGCACUGUGGUGGCACAGGCGCGAGCUCCUCGGCAUCAGAAGGCCGUGGCCAUGGUGUGUCGUACACGGUUCUACUCGGCCAAGGGCCAGCUACUGCGAUCCAUCCUGUUCCCUCGCGAGCACGAGGAGUCGUUCAUCUCCGACUCGCUCAAGUUCAUUUGCGGCAUGCUGACGCUCUGUCUGGCGCUGUACAUCUGGGCGGCGGUCGUAUUGGCUCACAUGGGCGCCUCGCCGGACCGCAUCGUGGUGCGUUUCUUCGAUAUGAUCACCAUUGCGGUGCCUCCUGCGCUGCCCGCUUGCCUCACCAUCGCCACCGUCCUCUCCAUCGGCCGUCUGCGCAAGAAGGGCAUCUACGUGACCAGUCCCGACCGCAUCACGCUGGCAGGGCAGCUGGACGUCAUCUGCUUUGACAAGACGGGCACCCUGACGGAGCAGGGUCUAGAUUUGCAGGGCAUCGUUCCCAUUGUGGAGGGUCGGCUGCACGCUAUGGUUCAGAGCGUGUCGUUGUUACCGCUCCAGCUGGUGGAGCUGCUGGCCAGCUGCCACGGCCUGGCGAGGAUGGGGGAGGCGCUGGUGGGGGAUCCGCUGGACCAGAAACUGUUUCUGGCGACGCACUGGGACCUCGUGGACGACCGACCCUCUGCGGAUGUAGCGCUUGACAGCGAGAAUCGCAUCAGCGGAGGUGGCGCCGCAGCGGAACGCGUCGAUGACGGUGUGGACGGCGCCGUCGGGCAGGAGGGUGAUGGCGGCGCUGCCGCCAGGGCUGCGGUGGAUGCAGCGGAGGCCACCGGCACGUCUGACGGCGUACACACGUAUGUACGACCACCUGGUGCCGCCUUGGCCUACGCCAUCGUGAAGCGCUUUGAGUUCUCGGCCGCGUUGCAACGGAACCUUGUGGUUGUCCGCGCCCCGGACGGCUCUGUAGCCGUGUUCGCCAAGGGCUCUCCCGAGGCGAUACGCUCUCUGGUGGACCCCGUCUCCGUGCCACCCGAUUUUGAUGUGCUGUUGGGGGAGCUGACGCGGGAGGGGCUGCGCGUGCUGGCGCUGGCCGUGGGUGACGCCAGCGGCGUGCCGGCGGCGCAGCUGCUUGGGUGGACGCAGGCGGAGACAGAGGCCGGGGUGGGGCUACGGAUGGUGGGACUGGCGGUGAUGGCCAAUCCGCUGCGGGAGGACACGUCGGAUGUUAUUGGGCAACUGCAACAUGCGUCGAUUCGAACCGUGAUGGUGACGGGGGACCACCUGCGUACCGCCGUGUCCGUAGCCCACAAAUGCGCCAUCCUACCCAACCAUCGACCCAUCCUUUUGGUCGACGCGGCUGACGCCAUAAUGGCUCCGCAACCACCUCCGUCCCAACCGUUACCACGAGGAGCACAACGGACAGAUACGACACCAACGGCAGCAACUGCUGUACCCACUGCAGCGGCAGCUACAGGGACUUUGCUAUCCCCUGCGGCUAUGGAAGCAAAGACAGGGACGGGGCCAGCGGCGCCGCUGGAUAUCCGCCGUACAUGGACGCCGGCUCCGUACGGCGGUAACCCGACGGGCCCAGGCCCUGCAGGCGAGCCCACGCCGCUGGGCGACCCGUCGGUUGCGACGGGUGGGAGCUGGGGUGCCGCCAUGUUGGCGGAGGGGGACGUACGGCAGGUGACCCCGGCAUCGCCGUCGGCGGCUGACGAGCUGACGAGUAGCGCUGGAGCGUCUCCACAGUGUAUACAGCUGGACGUCGAUAAGCAGGCCGAUACGUUGGCCACGGACUCUGGCAAGACGGAUGCUCACCAACAUGCCAAUGGGCACCAUCAUCGGCCUGCGCAAACGCCGCCAGCGGAUGGCGCUGUGGCGAAGGCGGUCCUACGCCUCAGCGUAUUGGACGUUGACGGCAACGUCACGGAGACGGCCACCGUUGGCAGCGGCGGCAGCAGCUGUACGGCGAUGGUUUCUGAGCUCAUGGCACGGCUGGUGACAGGCGAAUUGGAGUGCGCGGUGACGGGCAAAGGAUUUAAUUGUUUGCUGGCGGCGCCGCAGGCUCAACCGCACCAGGGAGCCGUUCCGCUGCUACUGCCGGUGCUGCAACACGCGGCGGUGUUUGCACGCAUGUCCCCCGACAACAAGCGGGAUCUAAUGCUGUUGCUGGGCAACGGCAUCGACGGCGCGCCGGAGGGCUGUCCGCAUCUGAGUCUCCGAGCGGGCUUUUGUGGCGACGGCGCCAAUGACUGCGGGGCGCUGAAGGCCGCCCAUGUGGGCGUGUCGCUGUGCGAGGCGGAGGCCUCCGUGGCCGCCCCCAUGACCAGCAAGGCACAAACCAUCGCCAGCAUGAUCACGGUAGUGGCGGAGGGUCGCUGUACCUUAAUGGCCACCUACCAGAUCUUCCAGUUCAUUAUUGUGUACGCGCUAGUGCAGGCUUUCGAGACCAACCUGAUGUACACUUAUGCCCUCAAUCUGGGAGAUUACCAGUACCUGAUUGAGGACCUGUUCUUCACAACUGUGUUGGCUGCGCUCAUGGGGAUGACGGCGCCCAGGAGCAAGUUGUCCCGGCGGCGGCCUCUGCAGCGCGUGAUGUCCCUGCCGCUGAUGCUGAGCACGGUGGCGCAAUGCGGUGUGGUGGUGCUGUUCCAGUUGGCCAGUCUGUGGAUGCUGCAAGCCCGGCCGGGAUACAUCGCCUUCAAGGGCGGGCCGGACCUCCAUGACACCGUGGCCCCAGAGAACACGGUCACCUACAUUGUGGCGCUGGCCCAGUUUGUGGUGACCGCGCUGGUGUUCAACAAGGGGAUGCCGCACCGCAGCCCCAUCUGGACGAACUACUGGCUGGUGGCGGCGCUCCUAGCGCAGACCGCCUUUGUCUUGUACACGCUGUUCGUGGCAGACAAGUUCAACCGGGACGUGCAGGACAUGGUGGACAUGAACGGAGUUGUGAACAUGGCGUUUAGGUGGGAGCUAUUUGGCCUGUUGGUGGGAAUGGGAGCUGUCGCCUUCGCCGCCGAGUACACAUGCAUGGGGCUGAACAAGCUCAUGGACUGGCUGCUGUUGUCUCGUCUCAAGAUUGGUACUGCUCAGGGGAUAGGUACUGCUGAUCUUGGCACUGUUACCGCUAUUGUAGCACCUUGUCUGGUCGUGGCUGAGUAUUGCCGCCUGCAGCGCUACUCGCAUUAUCGUCCCCGACGGCCGAAUGACAUCUUGGGCUUUGUGCACGUGUUGGCUGUGCAUGCGUUAGUUCAUCUGAGGGGUGUUGUGGUGAAGCAUAUUGGCGUGCGACAGGUGGCCCCUGUGGCGGAGUGGGCAGCGCCUUGGAAACUUUAG